AUGUCCGAAUCGUUACUCUCAAUGCAGAAACUCGAUGAAAUUCGAAUCAUGUCAACGGCCGCCGACAGCAAUUUCUCUAUCGACUGUUUUACUUCGUCUCUGUUCCCAGACACGGUUCCAGCUGCCAUCAGUCCGCUCAUCGCAUGGAUCUCAUUGGUGAUCAUUGGAACGAUCGGACCAAUCAGCGUCUUCUCACAUCUCGGAAUUCAACGAUCCAUUAAAGAACUUCUAUCGGAACGUGCAUCAAAACUUGAUGUACUUGAUGUUUUCCGAUUCCUUGCAAUUCUUUGGGUCAUGCUUAAUCAUACUGGAAGUGAGGGACGUAUUGAUAUUCUUGAAAAACUCCCAUCUGCUGAAGCAUUCAAGAUUGCUAUGCACAAUCAUCCAAUUUUCGGAGCACUUAUCGGAAAUUCCGCGUUGGGAGUUGAAAUAUUUCUCGUGUUAGCGGGUCUUCUUGCCGCGAGAUCUUGGCUCCGAAAAGCUGAUGAGCCAUUCUUUCACCAUUGGAAGUCGUUCAUCAUCCGCCGAUUCCUCCGCCUUGCCCCUCCAAUGCUUCUUUUCGUGUACAUCGCCGCAGGACCCAUAAUGGAAGCGCUUCUUCCUCGAUUCACCUCAUCGAUGAUCUCUGCGUGCGGCUUCUGGGGAAUCGUUUCUCAUGUGACAUUCACUUCCAAUUUGCAAUCUACCCCAACAUGCAUGGGGUAUUUGUGGUACCUCGGUCUCGAUAUUCAACUCUACAUGGCUGCUCCAUUCCUUCUUCACUUGCUUCACAAGAGCCCAAAGAGUGGAAUCGUCGUCUCAUUGGCUGCGAUUAUCGCUUCCUGCGUGAUCCGGGCCGGUUAUUGCACAUCAUACGGAACAUGCAAUAACAGCGAUGUCGACAUUCCGUUCAUUUCCUAUCCUGGACAAGAUGCGGCUACUUUGAAGUCCAUCUAUGCUGGACUUUGGGAUAUGUACUCUAGACCUUACACAAAAUGCGGACCAUUCAUCGUGGGCCUUCUUCUUGGAUAUGGAACAACUUCAACUAACUUUGUCAUGUCACCAGCUGCCUCGAAGUUCCUUUUCCGCUCAAGCUUUGCUCUCGCCGUACUCACAAUCUACGCAAUUCUUCCGGAAUACUGGAAUCCAAAUGCUGGAAACAAUCUCUACAAUCUGUUGUACACCGCCACAUUCCGAACAGUUUUCGCAAUCGCCAUCGCUGGAAUGAUUUCAGCGCUUUAUUUCAGACAGGAAUACAAACCAGUUCCAAAAAUAUUUGCAAUUCUUGCGAAACUCACCUACAACACCUACCUCCUUCAUAUGCCCAUCGUCUAUAUUUUCAAUUGGCUUCCAUUCCUUCAAUCAGCAACAUCACCGAUCCAUCUUAUGUUUGUUCUCCCAUUCGUUGCCACAUUGUCAUACCUGGCUGCCUUUAUUUUCUACAUAUUCGUUGAGGCUCCGAUCGGUCAUCUCACUAGUCAAUAUGCCACCAAAAUAGGUCUUUAA